CUGUGGUAGUGCUUGGAGUGGCAGCGACAGUUGGCAAAGCGGGGAGUGAUGCAGCCUGAAGAGAAGAUGCCUGUCCGAUGUAUGGGGAGGAUUUUCCUGGCUCUGUGCAUAAUCCUUUUUAUGGGAUGCACAACACAAGGGGUCCCUGUUGAGACGGGCAGGCACACGAGGGUCAGAUGCAGACCUGAUGCCCUUUCCUCAAAUUGUCUUGAAGAACAAGGGGAACGGAUUGUAAUUCCUGAUGGAGCUGCUAAUAUGCCCCUCCCUCCCCACGCUGAUCCAAUGGUGAUGAAGAAAUCUCAAGAGCACCCUGAUUCCUCUGGGCUUUCUGAAGACGAAUAUGGAUCAGGAAGCGAAAUGGAACUGGAGCCUGGGUCAGGCAUGGAUGACAGUGCGGAGGGCUUCGCCAUUCCUGAUUCUGUUCUGCACCAAUCAGACCAGGAUCUGAGCCUCAGAUUAACAGACGAAGGCUUAUUCCUGCAAAACGAGCGGCUGUGAUCUCAGCCAUAGCCAGUUGCUGCCACUUUCUUUCCCCUGCGCCUUUUGUGUUUGAUGACUAAAACAUUACACUCAGAAGAAAGAUUUGUGCUUGUGUGUAAAUGCCUCAAACCCUUUGUGUGCCUUGAAAUAUUUACUGCUUUUCUUUUAUCUAAAUCUACUGAAUGCAAGCUCUUCCUUUUAAAAGGUGUAGACAGGUUUAAUUGGUUAUGGGAUCAUAAAACUGUUUAUGAAAGUCAGACAUUUGCUUGCUAAGUGAGGAAAGAAUUAAGUACCACAAAUUUUAAAAAGUUAAACAACAACAGUGGAGUAUCAAUAAUGAAACGCUGGGCAAAUGCCCUUUAAAUCGUUCCUUUCACUUGGGUCCAUUCCUCUCUACUCCCGAGCAGCUCCCCUUUCCCCACAACCCUAUAGGCAAAUCAGGGAGAGCACAUUCCACAUCCCUGUGUUCUUGUGGAGUCUUCUGAGAUGCACUUCAAGUGAACACUGCGAGCAGCUAGAUCUGUGUAUUCCCUCCAGUUCAUCAGACUCUCCUUUAAUGAUGCCACCUCGAGGAUGUAAUCCCCUACAAUGAAAGGAGCAAAUGAACAUAUUUGAAUGUUUGCGCUAGUAAAAAAAAUAAAAAUAAAAAAGUGGUAUUCCAGGUCACAAAAAACCUGUUACUUUGUUCCCAUCUGAAACUUACUUUGAACUUGAGGAGCUACACAUUUUACAUAUCCAAAUCUUUUGUUCGAUUUUAGCCGUUUCCGCAUGUAAGCUUGUGUUUGCAGAGACACACUUCUCAAAUCUUUUGUCUUAAGACAAGAUACUUGUUGGGCUGCCCCCUGGUGAUGCGCAUUUUUAAAACCUAUAAUUCUAAUAAAUCUAGC